UGCCAACAAAGUGUGAGAGUGUGUGUGUGUCAGGUGAACUUAAAACUAUUUGAAGAUUGAAGGACCUCCAUGGCGGGCGAGUCCCGCGGUGCCAUUAACCGCAAGUCUAGUCAGAGGACUAAAAAAGGAGCUAAGAAAAAGGAAGCAAAAGUGGUUGUUAAACGUGUAUGCCAAGUACUGCCCGGUUUCGGGAAUGUCCAGUGGCACAACGCCAUCACCAGCCUCUUCAAGCUCAUUAAGUCAGAACCGAAAGUAGACGAGACUGGGCUCCCGUUUGAUUACAAGCAGAUCAAGAGAGAGGAGACGUUCACAUACCUUUGUCAGAAAUACAUCCAAUACAUCCAAGUCUUCCAGAAGCUCGUCGACUGUCUGCCCCGGCUCAUCCACCCACAGAAAAGAAAAUUGCUGAAAAAAUGUAUCGAGUCUACGGGAGGACGCAUCUGCGAGAUCAAGCACCAGAUGAUCAAUUGGGAUCGAUCUCUCAUCCACUACUUCGACGAUUUACUGCAGGAUAUGGGCCUUAUUCCGGAGAAUUUGGAGAUACCAAUCCCAGUGUAUAUGUUACAUGACAGGCGAGAAGUUCUCGGCAUGAGACAGCAACUCUUGGCGUGGAUGCUGAAGAGGAUAGAGACAGCCGGGGCCGUCAGUGUGGAGGAGCUGACGAGGUCUGGGGGGCCAAGUCAAGGGCCAGAGUCGGUCAAGUCAAAAGUUGACAAUGUACCCAAAGAGGUUAAGUCAGCGGAGGAAACUCAUAGGUACGUACCAGACGGUCGGUGUAUGCUACUGAUUCGAGAAAUUAACAGAAUUCCUGCCAUGAUGGCCAAGGUUGUCAAGAUCCAGUGUGCUUGGAGGGGCUGGCUGUGUCGACAGAAGGUCAAUAAACUCAGGGACGCCGAGUUUGAGGAUCUCGGCAUGAAGAUGCCAACGGGUUUAAUGGCACCAGUGGAGACCAUAGACAUGGUAGAAUACGAGGAAAAAGAGAACAUGUACUUCGAGAGGGAGGAGGAAUAUAACGUGAGCAAGGUUCUGGAAUACGAGAAAUACGUCGAGCAGAACGGCAUGGACCUGGCCCUACAGAUGAAGCUCAACCUUACCCAGUGGCUCCUUGAGAUGCGCGACCUGCAAGGGGAAUUCCCCGACUACCCGGAAGACGAAGAAGGCGGAUGUGACGAAAUUUUUAAACUGAAGACGGUCGAAGAGGUGAUGGAAGAACUCGAUGAAAUGGACGACCCAAAGCAGAAGGCGCCGGAGCCGGCUAAGAAGAAGGAGCAACCGGCGAAGCCGGCGAAAAAAGAUUUUUUGGAGGAUCCUGGGUAUAUGAUACCGGCUUCCGGGUUCAUGGUCGGUUUGAUUCACUUGUUGAAUGAGUACAACAGUUUUUGGUACUGCAAGUACGAGGGGCAGAAUCCUUUUCAGAGGUUUGACAAGGAGCGUUUGUUGGAUGAAGUACGGUCGGAGGCUGGGAAGGUUAUCCGGACACAGGUUGAUAAACUGAUGAGGUACGAGCUGGAGAAGCUAAAGUUUGCCGUGGACGACAAGAUCUACAAGAGCACCAUCGACAGGAAGAAGAAGGAGACGGUGCCGAGGGACAAGAAGAAAGCUGACCCGACAGGAACCAAAACCGUUGAAGAACUCUACGGCGAGCUGGUCCUGAUGGGACUGGUCAAGCCGGUCAACAGCGUCAGGUUCAAGGACAUCAUCGGUGACAACAACUACCAGCGUGACGCCCAGAGGGGGUGCAUCCCCACGGCCUGUGACGUCAAGAACGUGGUGUCGCUCUUGCUGGGUCUCCCGCUCAAUUCGCAGUUUAUCCAUUCCAAAGUGCCGUUAAUUAGCUCCCUGAUGUUUGCCGGACCCCCGGGCACAGGUAAAACGAUGCUGGUCCACGCCAUCUGCCGUGAGACGGGCUCGAACCUGAUCGACCUGUCCCCCUCAAACCUUCAGGGCAAGUACAUUGGGACCGUCGAGAUGAACUACCUCAAGUUUGCCUUGUUACGGUUUUGCUUUGUUAGCGUUACUAUUUGA